AACAAGGAUGACCGGCUUAGAGAAGUCCUUGCUGUAGUAACCAAAGAACGAGAUUUGGCUCUCUGGAGGAAACACCAUCUCCAAGCCAAACUGGAGAACUUAGAGCAAGUCCUAAAGCAUAUGCGAGAGGCUGCUGAACGGCGGCAACAGCUGGAACUAGAGCAUGAACAAGCCUUGGCUAUUCUCAACUCAAAACAGAAGGAAAUUGAACUGUUGCAAAAGUUCUUUUCUCCUCUCUGUUUGCCCAGGCCAAAGUCUGUGAGCUCGAAGAGAAAUGCCGGACGCAGAGUGAGCAAUUCAACCUCCUGUCCAAGGAACUGGAAAAGUUUCGGCAGCAAACUGGGAAGUUUGAUCUUCUAGGUCCUAACCUGUUGGUCUCCUCGGCUCUUCCUGGCUCUCCUAGCAAAACUUUAGCCCAAUUGAUGAACGGAAUUGCCGCCUCUUUGG